GACGUUACCAGCGCCAGCUGUCAGAGGAAGCUAGCUAACCUGCUGUCUUUCCUUGCGCGUUAUUAUGAGUUUAAAUGAUUUUUUUUAUUUUCCAGUCUCUUUCGUAAUUAUCGCUAGCACUGGAUUUUAACUAAACUUGAAUGAACAGAUGCACGAAUAUUUAUUUUUGGCAUUUUAUAGCGUAUUUGUUUCGCGUCGCUCGGAAUUAAGCUAGCUGUAGCUGGCUAGCUUGUUGUUAGCUGCGGACAAAUCUGGUGCAGACAGGUUUUUUGCACUGCAGACACAGCUUCUCUUGUGAGGAAGUCAUUGUUCAUGGGCGGAAAGUUGCAUUAUAUGUAUAAGGACUGUGAAGAACAUGAAGCUUUAUGACAGAGCUAAUGAUUUCCUGCGAAUAUGCGAUGCUUUGAAGUAUGCUUUCGCUGCGUUAUGAAUUUAUAUCAGUGACGUAUUAGUAAAAACUGUUAAGGCAUUUUACCUUAAAUUUUCUAUCUGUUACAUUGUAAAAAGUGUAUUUACCAUUUGCGUAGUAUAACAACUGUUCAUCGACAAAGGCGAGCGUUUAUUUAAAUUAAUAAACAUGGAUAAGAAAUCAUUUGAUAUAGUCUUGGAUGAGAUAAGAAAGUGCGUCUUGACCGAUCAGCGGAUCAAAGCCAUAGAGCAGGUGCAUGGAUAUUUCUCCAGUGAGCAGGUCAUUGAGAUACUGAAGUAUUUCUCAUGGGCAGAGCCACAGAUCAAAGCCGUUAAAGCUCUGCAGCAUAAAAUGGUUGCAAUCCCUACAACCAAAGUUGCAAAUAUCCUGAAUUGUUUCACUUUCUCAAAAGACAGACUGAUUGUCCUGGAACUUAUAGCUUUGAACAUUUCAGAUGCUCAGAAUUAUCGUCCUGUGGAGGAUCUGUUUCGCAUUCACCUGUCUGAGAAGAAGCGGGCUCGCAGGAUACUGGAGCAAGUAUGUAAGGUUGGCUGCAAGGCUCCAGUAGCCAUGAUCUCUUCCUGUGGUAUGAUACCAGGAAAUCCAUACCCUAAAGGCAGACCCAGCCUGGUCAGUGGCACAUUCCCUGGAAUCCCUCCUGUUAAGAAAGACGGCGACAAGAAGGAUGACACUUCAAACAGUCUUGAGGGGAAAGGAAUUUCUGCUCGCAUUAUCGGACCAUUCAAACCAUUCCCCUCAACCUACAACCCUCAUCGGCCUGUGCCCUACCCUAUACCACCGUGCCGACCCCAUGCUACCAUCGCACCAAGUGCGUACAACAACGCAGGCCUUGUUUCUGUGGGAGGGGUUAUAACAGCCAACGUUCCCCCUCCCCCCUACAACUCUACCCACAAAGUUGCAGGCUAUGCCAAACCAGGCAAUCCACAGCACACCACACCUGGAGUCAACAGCGGGCCCCUCCUUAUCCCUCAUGGGUCCACGCCUUCUACCCCUGUUCCACCCCAGGCUUCUCCUGCUCAGCCUCCUCCAACAACCCCUAUAACACCAGUUUUCCCUGGCAUGGUGCCCUCUCACAACCCAAGUGCUCCCUCUCCCUCCCCUGCUCCAUCCCCAUCUGUGAUCAAAGCAGGACCACAGACCCCCAGUGGCCAUGCUACACCUACACCCUCAUCUGUCAUUAAAGCCCACACACCCUCAGGCACCCCUUGUGGAACUCCUGUCCCCGGCAGCGGAGGCUUCUCCUCUUCCCCCUUCCAUGCAGUUUCCCGACCAGGCACCCCUGCGACCUCCCGCAGUGGCCCAGACCUCUUAUCUCAGACAAACUCCAUGGGCUCAACUCAGCAGAGGGUUUUCUCCCAGUCCAUAGACCACCAGUCAGGACCCACCCACCCUGGCAUACACUCACAAGCAGGUAACCCCUCUGGGUCAGUGAUCCGAAGUUACACCCCCUCUGGACCAACCACUCCAGUUAUUCCAAACUGUUCCACCCCAGGCCCCAGUCCCAAACCCUCGCCAGCUCAUUCUGCACAGAUUCAGGCCGCCAUGGCAGUGGCUGGAGCCCUGAACAGACACACUGGAGGUAGUAACAGUGGCAGUAACAGCCCAGUGCCCUCUGCUUUCAAGGGCACCUCUCGUUCUGGCACACCGUCUCUUAGCUCUCUUGUGGUACCAGGUUCUGCGCAGGCUGCCCUGGUACGUUCCCUUGGUCUGUCGCACCCCUCAGGUUCUCCUCAAGUCUCUCUCUCUAGUCCUGUGGCUCUCACCGGCCUCCAAGCUCUGUCCUCCAGCCCAGCACCCACUCAUUACCCUGGCCUGUCCCCCUUUUCCUCCCUCUCUUCCACUCUCCCUAAUUCCUCCAUGCCUUCAUCCAUGCCCGCACUACCUCCCACUACCAAUAUUUCUAACCAUCCACCGACCUCCAUCUACCCAGGCCUGGCUCCAAACACUGCCUCCGCUGCAGCCUCCCCGUUUGGUCUAGGCCUCACCUCUGGUCCCUCUAUAUUCCCAGGCCUUCCGUCUGGUCCUAACCCCGCUGCCUUCCCAGGGUUAGGGGUUUCAGGAGGGCAUACUGCUGGGAGCCCUGUGCUGUCAUCAUUCAUGGGACUGCCAGGGGCCUCUUCAUCUUCUGUAGCAGUAUCGGUGGCACCGCUGCAGGCAGCAGCAGCAGCAGCUGGAGUUCCAUCAUCAUCUCCAGUGUUACCAGGCUUUGCGUCUGCUUUCAGCUCCAACUUCCAGCCUGGGUUGAGCAGUGUUCUCCAGCCUUCUGGAAGCAGCGGGUUCCCCUUGCUGUCCUUCCCUGGGGUCACAAGCUUCUCUCCCUCCGCCUCCCCUGCUGCCCUCAGCAGCCUCCACAACCCAGCUAUGCAGUCUGCUCUGCUGCAGGCUCAUCCCACACCUGCUCUGGAGAGCUUUCCUCCUCAGCCCAACAGUUUCACCAACUACCCUCCAGGCCCUGGAAACCCGUUCCCCCUCCAACCAGGCCUGCACCCCCAGUUGGGUUGGCAGUGAAACCCACAACACACCUUGAAAUACGAAGUACACUUACACGCUGACACCUAUCGUACACCCUGCCCCACCCCUCAGCAGUUGACACAUUUUCUUUUUUGGCCUUGAACCCUGAAGAGCACAGGACAGACUGGAGAGUCUCAGUAAUGUGUGUGUUACAGCCAGAAUGACUUACUACUACCAGAAACACUAUGGAGUAAACAAAUUUACUACAUUAUUCAAAGUGAACAGUUGUAAAUAUCAGUUGUCGAAGUUGUUAGGUUUUAAAAGUAGACCGUAACUGGUUUAAAUGUUAGCUGGACUUGGCUGUUUUUAAUCGAGUUUAUCAACAUUUAUUAGUGAAUAAUGAAAUAUAGAAAUGAAUUUGAAAAGUGUACAUGAUAUCAUGUAAUGAAUUGCCAGUAUCCUCAUGUAGUAUUUCAUGUCCAGUCUCGGUGGAAAGGACGUGUAUGAUACUGAUCAGUUGUCCUGAACUGAAUAUUGUAUUAUGACAUGACAUUUUUAGGUGACUCAUGGUAUACUGAGCUGUAAGGCGCAGUCAUAUUUUGAGGUGGGCACACCGCUCCACAAUCCUUGUGCUGCGUCGAGGGUGGGAGUGCUCUACACAAAUACCUGCAUCUGCCAGCUCCACUCAUAUUUGUGUUUUAAUUUUUAUUAGUGAACACACAAUUGUGGCUGUCAGCAGUUUACUGUGAUUCAAAUUUGACGGAUGUCACGAUGCUAUCGCUGUUAUUACAGUAUUUGACCACAUAUACUGUAUGCAGAUGUUUCUGAGAAGAAGCUGAUUGAUAUAUGGACUUGAGAUAUAAAAUGUCUGUAUUCUUCAGCGAUGCUUUGCAACAUAGUGAAAACUGUAAUUUUACCUCAGUUACUGUACACAUCAGUACACUCAGAGAUAGUUGAGAGUGAUACACGUUGUAUGUUUUAUCUGUUUUGCCCUUAUUUUUUUUGUAUUUGCACCUGUUUUAUUAUUUUGUCAGUAAACUGCUGGUUAUUGUA